AAAAGAGUCCCUGUUCUCUUCAAUUCCAGGCAUCGUCCAUACAGAACAAUAUGCUUCGUAGUGUCCGUGCUGUGCGAAGCGCAUUAGUCGUUCCCUCGCGCUCUUUUUCAGCAGCUCCUGCUGUCUUUGCUGGCCGUAUCGGUGCGCGAACAAAAAAACCGGCAAAGAAGUACGAUGUCGAAGCCAUGGAACCCUUUGAGUUCGAUGAUCAGACGACGAUUGGUCACGACUUGUUUAACAAUAUCCGUGAAGUUCGUCAAUAUUUGAGAAAGACAAACUACGAAUUGCCUAAGCUGAAAGCUUUCGCCAAACCAUUUGUACCUCCCUCCAGCGACGCUAUUCUGAAGUUUAAAUCACACAACUAUUUGGGCGAAGGCCAUCCUGUAGAGAAAAAGGCUGUGUUGUCCGUCAAGGUUUCUGAUUUGCAGUUGAAAGAUGUCGAAAAACACAAGUUCCUCUUGCUGUGUGGACGUCGGUAUCAGGUCGACACCGAUGAACUGGUCAUGUCGAGCGAGAAAUUCCCCUACCGAAAGCAAAACAAAAAGUUCCUCAUUGAUACAUUGAACCGACUGUUAGCAGAGGCAAAGGAUGCAAAGGACACAUUUGCCGACGUUCCCCUUGAUUUACCGCAACCCAAAAAGAAGCUUCAGUUCCCCAUGGAAUGGGCACGACCCGCACAACCCAAAUCCGAAGAACAAAAAUAAGUUAUAAUAAAAAUGUAUCAUAUAGACACAAGAAUAAACACAUCAAGCAAACAAGAAAAAAAAACCAGAGUUGG